AUGAAUAGAAUUCGCCAUUCUCAUAUCCAUAGGUUGCGUACUCGUACCCAUGUGACUAUUGCAUGUACUAAUUGUAGACGACUAAAGAAGAAGUGUAGUGGAGAGCCCGUAUGCACAAAUUGUGCCAAUCGAAGUUUUGAAUGCAUAUUUGUUAGAUCCGGAAAGAAACGUGGAAGAAAAUCCCAAAAACUACCUUGCACUAAUGGAUCUGAUGUGAACCAUAUAUCUGCGCAUGAACAUCCAUCAACUCCGAACAUGAAUAAUGAUAAUAAUGGAACAUAUUCUUCAGUGUCACAAAAUGUUCAAGGUCAUUUAACCAUAGAUCCCUUUCGGUUUAUUCGUAACAACGAUCGACAAACUCCGAAUGAGCAUUAA